AGUAGAUGUUGGUUAAAUACUACACUUCCAUUUCAAAGGAAAAAAAAAAAGGACACUUCAAAACGCAGCCAAGACGCAGUGAAACUAGGAUUUUUUUUUUUUUCAAAGGAAAAACUAGGAUCACCUGCUAUGGAAUAAUUAAAAACCCUAAGUUUGAAAAUCGAGAGAGCGAGCGAUUCCCCCCUCCGUAGCACGACUCACAGAAAUGUACGGCUCCGACAAAGUCAACGAUGAAGUGGCAUCGGAGCGAACAGCAUUCCGGAGAACAGAGAAGAAGUACAAACUUUACUACGAUCAGGAUUCCAAAUCCUCCAAAAACAGGAAAAAGCGACCAAAACAAGUGGAUUUAUCUGAGGUUUUAGAUUUCAAGACGAUUUCGGAAUCUUACGACGAGAACGGUGAUCUUCCUCCUGGAAUUGUCGCGUUUCAAUGCGGUUUUGACCGUCCCGUCUUCCGCUUGCAAAAUUGCCCCGGUUUUUCUUUCAUUCCUGGAGCAUUGGGCAUUGAGGAACAAUGCCGAUGGAUAAAAGAGGGCUUGACGAGUUUCCCACAGCCUCCUAACAGAACAAAUCACAAUGCUAUGUAUGGGCCUAUACAUGACUUAUUUAUUGCUGCAAAGGAGAGGAAAGUACUUGUAGAGGAUGAGAAUACACAUACAAGUUUAGAUUCUGGAUCUAAUGCUUGUGUCAGCAAUGAACAUUCUUAUAAAUGGAAAUUUUGUGAGGAGCAUGUUGUUUCAUCAAGAGGAAAGACAUGUAAAUCCAUUUCAGCCUCAGCAUUAUUACGAAAGCUGCGGUGGAGUACCCUUGGCUUGCAAUUUGACUGGUCCAAGCGUAAUUACAAUGCAUCUCUCCCACAUAACAAGAUCCCUGAUGCACUCUGUCAGCUGGCUAAAAGAUUGGCUGCUCCUGCAAUGCCUAUGGGAGAAGAAUUCCACCCGGAAGCUGCAAUAGUAAACUAUUUUGGAUUAGGUGAUAUGCUUGGGGGUCACUUGGAUGACAUGGAAGCUGAUUGGAGUAAACCUAUUGUAAGCAUGAGUUUGGGAUGCAAGGCUAUUUUCCUUUUGGGAGGAAAAAGUAGGGAGGAUCCACCAUUAGCCAUGUUUCUCCGAAGUGGUGAUGUAGUGCUCAUGGCUGGAGAAGCAAGAGAGUGCUUUCAUGGUGUGCCUCGGAUCUUCACAGACGAAGAAAAUGCUGAAAUCACACCACUUGAGCUGCAUCUCUCACAAGAAAAUGAUUUCUUGAAGUAUAUUAGAACUUCGAGAAUCAACAUCAAUAUCAGACAAGUAUUUUGAGCAUAUUGAUUUGUCUUCCAAAUUGUGAACUUCGAAUCAGUAUUCAAUUGAAAAGCCCUUACCAUAGAAAAGGUUAAGGUGGCAACAGGACGGAAUAAUGGAGAAUUGAUGAAGUUGUUGUAGAGAAGCAUUGGAACAAGGAUUAAUGAGUAUAUCAUUAAAAGUAGUGAUUUCUUCGGUUGAAGGGCCAAAUGAUAGGUCAGAAAGAAUUUAGAGUCAUACAUUUGUACCGCUGAGAUAACAAAGAUUUGCCAUUUUUUUUACCAUUUUACUUGCUGUUAUAUUUUUAGUUGAAACUGAAAAAUAAAUUAUCAGCAAAUUAUUAAAAAUGUCAUGCCAUCUUGGAUUGUAAGUUUUUGUUUUUGUUUAAGAAAUCGUGAAUUUCAGUUGACUUGUUAGUAUUGGCUAUCA